AUGAACUGCUCGGAGCAGGUUUCAUCAUUGACCGCUGCCUCCUCCAGAAAUCCACUCCUCACGGCCCAUUCACUUCUCUCUACCUCUUUCCUCAGGAUUCCGCUCCUGCUCACAAGGCCAUGUCAACUCAGCAGCGGCUGCAAAAGAACAUUCCAGAGUUCAUCUCUGCCUCGGAUUAGUCCUCAGGAAGCCCUGAUCCCCCAUCAAAUUAUCAGCUUUGGUCCGAACUGGAGAGGAUGGCAUGCCACAGAGCACACCCUGACUUGGAAAGCCUCAAACAAUCUCUGGUCCGAGCAAGUUGACCGCUUUCAUCAUGAAGUGCUGCGUUGA